AUGCUUUCGAAUUCAAUGGAAAAUGCUGCUACCUCUGUUCCUGUGCAGCAUAGAUUUGAACCCUAUGAUGAUAAUGGAGGAACAAGUGUAGCCAUUGCAGGAAAGGAUUAUUGUGUGGUUGCUGCAGACACUAGACAAAGUACUGGCUACAACAUCAACUCUCGAUUUGCACCUAAAGCUUAUAAACUAUCAGAAACUUCAGUUAUUGCCAUGAAUGGUUUUCAUGCUGACGGAUUGACCUUGAAGAAAGUGCUUGAUCAGAGGCUCAAGUGGUAUAAAUUCUCUCAUGAUAAAGAUAUGUCAUGUACUGCCUUGGCUCAAAUGCUAUCAAUCACAUUGUACCAAAGAAGAUUCUUCCCUUAUUACAGUUUUUGUGUUUUGGGUGGUGUCGAUGACGAAGGAAAAGGCGCAGUAUAUUGUUAUGAUGCUAUUGGAUCUUACGAACGAGAGAAAUGUCGUGCAAGUGGUUCAGCAGCAGCAUUGAUUCAACCUUUCUUGGAUAACCAGGUCUCGAAGAAGAAUAUGCAGAAUGUACAAUACCAAGAUGUGGAAUUGGAAGAGGCAAUUAAGAUUGUAAAGGACGCAUUUACAUCUGCUACUGAACGAGAUAUUUACACUGGUGAUAACCUUCAAAUCUUUAUUAUUCGUAAGGAUCAUCCUGUCGAAGUUCAAACUUAUCCUUUAAAGAAAGAUUAA